UCCGCUUACAGCGGGGAGAACCGACUAGCGGGGCGGGUAGAGCUGGCGGCGCCUCGCCUUCCCGCGCGCUGUCAGUUAGGCGGCGCGAGGCGCCCGGCAGCCCCAUGAUUGGCUGGCGCCGCUUGGGCCCCGCCCCCCGCGCUUUUUGUGUUGUUGGCGCGCGCUGCCAAUCAGCCGCCCGGGCGGGGGGCGCGCCGCUUCCCCGCGGGCCCGCCCCCUCCCCCGCCUGGCCAGACGCUGUCAGCUCUGCAGCCGCGGGAAGGCGCCUGGCCCGGCUCGGCUCGGCCCUCUGCGCCCGCCCCGCCACGCCACGCCACGCCCCUGGCUCUGCCCGCGGCGGGGCCCGGCGCCACCCCCCGGGCCCGGCUUCCCGCGCGGGCCCCGCCCCCGCCGUCAAUCAGCGGCGGCGGCGGGCGGAGAGACGGGCAGCUACGCCACAGCCCAGUGGCGGCCAUUCGUGGAAAAAUAGGCCGGGCCGCUCCUCCCAGCUCCGGCUGCGACCGGCCUUCUCCCCGCUACCCCCACCCCACCCUCCGCCUCCUCCUCCGCCUUCUCUCUCCUCCCCCCCAGAGCGAGCGGCGCCUCCGCGGGGCAUUAAUGCGGGAUGAGCGAUCAAAAGAAGGAGGAGACUAUGCCCUCGGAGGGAGAGAAAUCUCCCGAGGAGCCAGAAAAUAACAACAACAAUAAUAAAAAAAACAAAACUGGAGGCUCACAGGAUUCUCAACCUUCACCUCUGGCUUUGCUAGCAGCCACUUGCAGCAAAAUAGGGACACCUGGUGAGAAUCAAGCAACUGGACAGCAGCAGAUUAUUAUAGAUCCAAGCCAAGGUUUGGUGCAGCUUCCAAAUCAGCCACAACAGUUAGAAUUAGUAACCACUCAGCUUGCUGGAAAUGCUUGGCAGCUUGUUGCUGCUGCUCCUUCUGCUUCAAAAGAAAAUAAUGUUACUCAGCAAGGAUCUUCUGUCACUUCAAGCGCACCAAGUCCCACCAGUAGCAACAAUGGAAAUACGUCUCCUUCAAAAACUAAAUCUGGCAAUUCUUCUUCAACAACCCCGGGACAAUUUCAAGUUAUUCAGGUGCAGAAUCCGAGUGGUAGUGUCCAGUACCAAGUGAUCCCACAGAUUCAGACAACAGAAAGUCAACAAGUUCAAGUCAAUCCUGCUAAUGCUACAAAUCUGCAAGAUUUACAGGGUCAAAUUCAACUCAUCCCCGCAGGGAAUAAUCAAGCUCUUCUGUCAGCUGCAAAUAGGACAGCUUCAGGGAAUGUUAUUGCUCAAAACCUAGCAAAUCAGACGGUUCCAGUCCAAAUUAGGCCUGGUGUUUCUAUACCACUGCAGCUGCAGACUAUCCCUGGUACUCAGGCACAAGUUGUAACAACCUUGCCUAUAAACAUUGGAGGAGUAACUCUAGCAUUGCCUGUGAUAAACAACGUGGCUGCUGGGGGAAGUUCUGGACAGGUUGGACAGCCUACUGAGAGUGGGGUUUCCAAUGGAAAUCAGUUGGUAUCUGCUACACCUGUUACUACUGCCUCUGCUAGUACUAUGCCAGAAUCACCUUCCUCCUCUUCCACCUCUACAACCACUGCCUCAACAUCUCUGACUAGCAGUGACACUUUAGUAAGCUCUGUAGAAACAGGCCAGUUCUCAAGCACCACAGGCAGCAGUUCUGAACAUACCACUGAAGAACCUCAAACAACUGCUUCUGAGACUGAAGCCCAGAGCUCGAGUCAGCUUCAGCCUAAUGGACUACAGAAUGUGCAGGAUCAGUCAAGUUCACUUCAGCAGGUGCAAAUUGUAGGUCAGCCUAUUCUGCAACAAAUACAGAUCCAACAGCCUCAGCAGCAGAUUAUUCAGGCCAUUUCACCUCAGUCAUUUCAGCUCCAGUCAGGGCAAACUAUUCAGACCAUCCAGCAGCAGCCUUUGCAAAAUGUUCAGUUGCAAGCAGUGAGUCCUACUCAGGUGCUCAUCAGGGCUCCAACUUUAACACCAUCAGGGCAAAUCAGCUGGCAAACUGUGCAGGUUCAGAAUCUACAAAGCCUUUCAAAUUUGCAAGUUCAAAAUGCUGGGUUACCCCAACAAUUAACCAUUACCCCAGUGUCUUCAAGUGGUGGCACAACUAUUGCCCAAAUUGCCCCAGUGGCUGUUGCUGGUACUCCAAUCACACUGAACGCUGCGCAGCUUGCUUCAGUGCCUAACCUUCAGACAGUAAGUGUUGCCAACUUGAGUGCAGCAGGUGUUCAAGUUCAAGGAGUUCCUGUUACCAUAACCAGUGUUGCAGGUCAGCAUCAAGGACAAGAUGGAGGUGUGAAAGUACAGCAAGCUACAAUAGCACCUGUAACUGUAGCAGUAGGAGGCAUUGCUAAUGCAGCAAUUGGUGCUGUUAGUCCUGAUCAGAUCACACAAGUGCAGUUGCAGCAAGCUCAACAAGCGUCUGACCAGGAAGUGCAACCUGGCAAGAGAUUAAGAAGAGUGGCCUGUUCAUGUCCUAAUUGUAGGGAAGGAGAAGGAAGGGGUAGCAAUGAACCAGGAAAAAAGAAACAACAUAUCUGCCAUAUUGAAGGAUGUGGAAAAGUUUAUGGGAAAACCUCUCAUCUCCGGGCACACCUUCGUUGGCAUACUGGAGAAAGACCGUUUGUAUGCAAUUGGAUGUUUUGUGGAAAAAGAUUUACGAGGAGUGAUGAGCUUCAGAGACAUAGAAGAACCCACACAGGUGAAAAGAGAUUUGAGUGUCCAGAGUGUUCUAAAAGGUUUAUGCGAAGUGACCAUCUCUCCAAACACGUCAAAACUCAUCAGAACAAGAAAGGUGGUGGAACAGCUCUUGCUAUUGUUACCUCGGGAGAACUGGACUCUUCAGUUACUGAGGUCCUUGGCUCCCCAAGAAUAGUCGCAGUUGCAGCCAUUUCUCAAGAUUCAAACCCAGCAACGCCUAAUGUUUCUACAAGUAUGGAAGAAUUCUGAAAAGAGCAUUUAUAGAGCCACCUAGUGCUGCACUUAAGUUUACAUACCUUUCAAGAUAUGGAAGUGGGCUGGUAAAGUGGAUUACAGAGCAGGAAAAAUCAUGUUUUCAGUCUUGACUUCUGUAAGUAUUCCAAAUUGGAGGGUCAGCAUGAGAAGUGUACACUGGUGCAACAAGACAAAAUUUUCAAAAAUACAAACAGCGCAAAUUGACAUACUGGACAAACAGAUGGGGGAAUAUUACUUCUAUACUGUAACUGUACUUUUUUAGUUAUAUGGAUGUAUAUCAUGUAAUGAUUUUAAAUGAAAUUCCCCCCUCUAUUUUAGCAUUGUGUGUUUAAUGUGUUUAUAAAGACAAAAAAUAUCAAUAUAAGACAGGGUGGUUCUUGGUUAGGAUUAUUGCCAUUUUGAAGGCACUUGGUUUUUAAUCUGAAUUUAUGAUACUUUCAUGGGAAUGUCCUUUCCCAUCAGGCACAACAAAACUGCAUAAGAAUUGAUUGGUAAUGGAAAGAUUUUAUUUGUUUGCUUAGGUCUGUAACAUGUAAGUUGAUUUUGGCCGUCUUUUCUCAAGUUCAGAAAUUAUUCAAACAACAGCUGACAGGUAUGCUGCCAAGUGCAUCUGAGGAGCACCUCAGAUGAUGUUGACCACUACAUUAUGGUAGUGUGCAUAAAUGACAAUCAGUGAACUCGCAUUGCUUUCUUUCUUUUGGAGAGUUAAAGAUUAUUUAGAAAUAAUGUAAACAGUAGAAAAGAUGAAACCAUAGAAAUAUAUUAACAUAAGAUUUUACCAAAAUUAUCUCUAUGUAGGAUAAUAGAAUAUGGCAAUUGUGUAUCAGAUUUUAGUAUUCAUUGUAUGUUGCAUCAUUUCUGACCCUUAGUUAACUUAGUCUCAAAGGUUCAUAAUUUUACAUAUUUAAAUUUUUAUUAAAAUACUUGGAAAUAAGUUAGACAAAGAAUUGUUUGAUGAGUGUUUUAACUCAUUCUUCAGUUUCUUCCUCCUGUAAAUAUUAGUGGUUAUAUUAUGGUUUAAUGUGUUGAAUUCUUUAUACUUUGACUUAAUAGCCAAAGAAAAGGAUCAAUUAUCACAUUUUAACCAAAAAAAAAAAAAAAUUGUAAGUAAAUCUAUUCUCUUUCUUUUCCCCCUAAAAAUUAGUCACCUUUAUUUUUUUUUCCAAUGAUAGAUGGAUAGGCUGGGAAGGAAUAUAUAUCGCUCAUCAAACCUUUUCUGAUAUAACUAGUAUGUUUGAGUCUUUAACCACAAGGCAAACUUGGGGGAGAGACUGAGGCAGGGAGUGUAGUUAUCUUUUUUAUCACACAGCAGUUAAUUUAAAGGAUAAGAUAAUCUUUUCAGAUCUGUCAAGUUAGUAAAACAUAAAUGUAGAAGAAAUAAUACACCUGUGCAUUUUAUGUGUGAAAAUGCUAGAGCAAAUAAAGAGGAAAGAUGGCCAAAUAUUUCAUGCUCAGGAUUUUGGAUUAGUAACCAUAAGCAUAAAUGUAAUAUUUUACAAAGUUAGUCUUUGGAAAGAGUAUCACAUGACCAACUUUUUUUUUAAUGUAUACACCAAAAUAUUUUUGAUGUAACUAAAACGAAGUACAGUGCAAGAAGGAUAACUUUUUUCCUGCAUAUUUAAAGAUGGUUUAUUUGGUAACUGUUUGUAUGACACCCGUAACAGAUACCUUUUGCAUUCCCUCAGAAAACAAAUACUUCUCAUCUGAAUACUUUAUCAAUCUUGUGGUGUUUCAUGUAUUUUUGAAGGAAGAGAAAUACCAAGCAUUGUUUACACUGUGUACACUUUAGGCCAGCCCUUUGUAGCGAAAUAAUAAGCUGAAGGUCUUUUAUACUUUCAGUUUACAUAAAAAGCUUUGAGAUUUAAAGAAAAACAAUUUUACACUGUGGUUAUAAACUUCAAAUUUCUUAAAGCUUUUGUAGACUUGUAACAAAGUCUUUAAAUUUUAGUUGGGUUUUGUACAUUCUUUUUGUAUAUUUUAUUUAAAUUACUUAACUGAUGUGUCUGGAUUUCAAACAUCAGAAUCAAUUACAUGUCACGUUUAAUACAGGUGAAUAUUAGGUAGUGCUAAUUGUUAAUUUUGUUUUAUAGGAAUUGAAACGUCAAAUAUAUAUUUUAUCAUUAUGCUUCACAAUCAGUGCUAUGAAUUUCUUUAUGCAAAGAAAACCUUUCCUAAUGUUAUAAUCAUGUUUCCUAGAAGUUAACAAUUUUUGUAAACUGAAGAUAUGAGCAUUCUGCCCAACCAUUUCAUAUUUAAUUUUUCCAUGCAUACUUAUGUAUGCAGAUAGAAACUGAAGUCAUUUUUAAUCUACUAUGGGUCCCUAUUACAAAUGUAUCAAAAUCUAAAUCUGGUUGGCUUCAUAGCAUCUAAAGUACAUUAACUUGUGCUAGCAGGUGCACAUUUUACCGCUGGAAUUAGAAACACUUUGACAGUCUGUUCUGCAUACCAUUCUGAGUCCACUUUUCUGUCUUAGAAGGAUCGUAAAUUUCAAUGUCCUUUAUUUGACUCAGUGGAAUAUAGCUGUUGUAAGUAAUAGGGCACAGAUGUGCAGUAGUAUCUUGUUUAAUGGCAUUUCACUGUUCAUUCCCUUUGCCACCGUUAUAAAAUCUUGCUUUUAUUGUAAUUAUCAGUGCAAAGUGUAUUUAUCAUGGUAGAACUCCAGUGUUAGAAUAGGGGUUUUUUGGGUUCUUUUCCCCUUACAGUAUACUUCUUUGGUUAGGUUUGUGUAUGUGUUGCCAAUUACGUUAGAAAUUGGUGUUAAGUCAUUAUUUAUCACAUUCUUUCACGAGAGCAGUAAUAAAAGUGUGUAAUCUAGGAGAAAAAGUUAAUUUGUCCAACUUAGGUAAGCAUGAUGUUUAGGUCCUAUUUUUCAAUUUUAUAACUGUUUUAUUGCAACAAUAUUUGUAUUUAAGUCCUCAUUUUAAUGCCUUGUGGUGUUUUUUUUUUUAUGCAUGUCACUAAAUUGUCAUCCUGCAUAAAUUGAUGUGCAGCAUAGGGUAUUAAAUCUACAAAAUGAUUUUGAAACAGAGAAAUAGUUGAUGGUAAAAAUGUAAAUGUUUUGCAAAAAUUCCUUAUAAAAAGUUUUGUAGUAAUAUUUCACUUGUAAAUUUUUUCCUAAAAAAAUGAAAAAACAAAAAAAAUAACAGAAACGUUGCCCACAUUCUAGAAUUUAGAAAUUAAUUCUGCCAGCAAAGCCUCUAAGGCAUUCAUUUGAUAUUUUUACAAUGCUGCUUUGUAUAAUUUUGGUAGAUUUGGAACUAAAAUCAUGUACAAGUUGCCUGCAAUAACAUUUUGCAAGUAACCUAUUAAAAUUCCCCUGAGUUUAAAAUGAUUCUUCAUUUAAUUACUUAUAAUAUGAAGCAGUAACAAAUUAUGUUUAAAUGAUAAUUUACUCAUCAAGAAGGACAGUAGAAAGCAAAUGCUUCUCAAUGGAGAAACAUUGGCAGCGGCUUCUGGAUUCAUGUAAUUAAGACCUGUACUUGCUGGUCAGCGUUCCCCAACUGGCAGACUCCCAGCAGGGAAUUAAAACAGCAGAUUCCAAUUCAACAUGAAUUCUAUCAUGCCUGUUCAGCUCUUGAGAACAGAAGUUAUAGUUAUGCCUUGGCACAAAGAAAAUAUUUUCUUUUCCUCCAGUCAUAUCUUAAAAACUUUAGUCCUAAAACAAAAGUUGCAAUUUUUUAAAAGUGAGUGUGGAAAAUAAAAAUAAAAUGUUUCAACUGUU